CCGCACCGCACUGCAUUGCAUUGCAUCCCGUUACGCUGUCGCGACGUCGUCGUUCGUCGUGCUGUGGCAACUAGACAACAUUAGUUGCAAGACAAACAGGAGCCGAACCGAUACUUUGCGACUGCCUGCAAACGGAGCAUAGGCCGAGAGCCGCCCGCCCCCCAAACAAACGGCCAGCACGCAAUUGUCCGCGUCAUUUGUCCCCACCAGCGGCUCGUGUCAUGGAGAGACACAAACAGCCUUUACCGAGUUUCCACGCGCCUUCAAAACCUUGAGCCAUGCCCCCGGAGGUCAUCUCCCUUCUCUCCAGCCCAGAGGUGGAACCUCGAUCAACAUUAGUUGUCAACAACAUGUUGUCGCAUGUCCCGCCCAGCGCACAGAAGAAUGUCCUCGAUGAUGAUCUAGACUACGACAAUUUUGACCUCACAGCCGAUGACGUUCGGCCAAUAUCUACCUCCAAAACUCCCGCCAGGAAAGAACAAGGACUCAGUACCGUUGAUCUCACGGGAGACAGUCAAGAAUUGAAGUCCAUCCAGGGCUCUGCUCGAACUAUGACCCAGAAGAAAACUCCAGAACUUGACAUUGAUAUAUCCUCGGACGGUUUUCUCGAUAUUGACAGUAUCACCAGAUCGACAAUCAGAGGCGAGCGAACAAGCGAGCCAGUUAGGAAGCGACAACGCUUAUCCCCAGUCUCAGAGUCCAACAGCCCGAAGUCUCGGUUGGCACAGACACAUACCCCGGCGAUAAGUCAAAGCCUCGCUCGGUUGGGACCAUCACGAAGUAGCAGCAGUAGGGUAAUAGAGGGUUUUGAGUCUUCCACAUCUCCCGAUAUUUCCGGCCCAAAUAUAUCCAAAGCGGCGCAACCGACCUAUCAUGAUAAUGACGACAAUGACGAUCCCUUCGCAAGCCCGCCCCCAAGGUUCACCCGGGAACAAAAAGGGAAAGGACCUGCUUCUACCACACCAGAUGUUAUCAACAUAGAUGACUCCGACGACGAUGACCCAUUCGCAGACUCUCCGCUGAAAGUCAAUCCGAAUCCACGAGGACCGCCAAGGGCGGCAACAACAGCAGCGGCAUGGGAUCCCAUAUCAAGCUCGGCCCCCCUUCCAGCGAAACCUAGUCCUCACCGCUCCCUAGGAAGAAGUCAAUCAAGGUUCAGUCCUCUCGAAGACUCGGAUGAGGACAUCGGCGCGGACCCUUUAUCCAACGACGAGGAUGACUUCCCAGACAUAUCCGACCUCCGCUUCCCAGCUAAUCGCUUAGGGAAUGAUCUAACGGGACCUACGAAACGACCAUUCACCAAGUCCGCAUCCACAACAACAGGAGCGACCAGGACGAAGCCUGCAAAAGGAGGUACAAAGAAAACGGCCGAGGAACGAGCCAAGGAAAGAGAAGACAAAGCUCUCGAGAAGAAGAGCGCAGCAGAACGAAAAAGGCAAGAAAAAGAGCGCGAGAAGCAACAAAAGGCCGAAGAGAAACAGCGCGCUGCCGCCCGUGCAGAAGCCAACAAGCUGAAGAUCAGAAAGGAAAUCGCCACCCCUGAGAUGAUCGUGGAUCUUCCGUCUAGCCUCCCUCCAGCUACCAAGAUCCAGAUGGAGGAAUUUCUGAAGAAGAUCGAUGUCAAGGAAAUCAACACCUGGACCUCCCCAGUCGAUAACGUCGUGCGCUGGCGCCGCGCGGUUAAAUCCCGUUACAACGAGGAACGCCACCACUAUGACCCGAUUCCCGAAACCAUCGAGACCGAGAAGAUUAUCCUGGUUAUCCUCCCCGCCGCCGAAUUCGCUAAGCUCGCAAUGGGCGCCGAGGGCCACAAUCUCGAAGCGCACGUACUCAAGGUGCAACGCCAUUUCCCUAAUCACCAAACCAUUUACCUCAUCGAAGGCCUAAAGAAACUCCUCUCCUCAAACCGUAACAAGCGCAACAAUGACUUUGCCUCUGUCGUCCGCUCCCGCCUAGCCGAGGACGAAUCCGCAUCAACCUCCUCUUCCCGCCGGACUAAUAAGAAGAACGAUCCCCCUAUGACUAUCAGCGAAUCCCAAAUCGACGCCGCCCUCCUUCGACUCCAACUCCUCUAUUCCAUGCAAAUCCAAGAAACCACCUGCCUCCAGGACACCGCCCACCACCUACAGCUCUUCACCCAAAAUGUCGCCGUCGCGCCCUAUAAACGGCACCAAGAAGACUACUUGAUGAAGUCGGCCGGGUUCUGCAUGGAUAGCGGACAGGUGCGGACGGCUAUUGGAACUGAGGAAGCGUACGUGCGCAUGCUGCAGGAGGUGGCGAGGAUCACGGCGCCGAUUGCCAUGGGGAUUGCGAAUGUGUAUCCCAGGGUUGGACAACUAGUUCGGGCGUUGGAGGAGGGAGGUCCGGGGACGUUGGAGGAUAUCAGGAGGGUGAUUAAUAAGGAAAGGGAGGUUGGGGAGAAGAGGGUCGGGAAGGCGGUCAGUAAGAGGCUUUGGAAGAUCUUUACGGGGAGGGAUGAGAUGAGUACGGAGGUUUGAAGGAUGCGAAGAUGUGCUGAGCAGUUACUCGUCGUGACUAGAAGUGUCCCUCCUUCUGCCGAAGGCAAAGAUCGCGGGAAUGUGACGAGGUCGCGGACCAUGAUUUGCAACUGCAUACCUAGCUAUUCAUCGUAUUUAUGCACGUAUUGAAGGCGUAUUUUCAUCGAAACCCAGAGGUAGGGAAAUAGCAGGUCAUUGCCACUCAA